CAGUAGAUGUUCCUUCGCGCAAAGGCAGGGACUUUAAUGUCGGAAUUGUUCGCCGUUCGUGUACAGAUCAAAAUUUCAAAUAUUGCAAGGAAGGGAUGGACCUUGUCAUGAUCUACUCAUAGCGUUAGCAAGUAUGUAUGCUACCGGCGCGUUGAUUGCAUAAAACAUACCGCAAGAUAAGGCGCGGGAUAUAAUGCUUGAGGAUCACGGAAAAUGUAGAGAGGAAGACUCCCAUCGCCUGAACUAUGGUGGGAGGCUACUUUGUAUCUGAUAUUCGAAACCACAUUGAGGACAUUUUCCUCUGUUUCCUGGUUCUUAGCUCUUCAUGCACGAUUGAUAUAGCAUUCUUUUAUCUACCGAGAUCACUAAAGAGCGAAAGACUGAAAUAUAAUGAGGAAGAAUUCACCGUGCCCGCGUGCGAAUCCCGCGAAAACGAAUUAAAGCUGAAGACCUUCCGAAAUAUUCCACCGAAAAUACCCUUCCUGAAGAAUACCGCUUCAAUAUUCGGUGUUUCGGGCUUGAGCCUGGAUAAAUUAAACCUCGAAAAUCAUUCUACGGGUUUGGUGUGGAUAUACAGGAUUUUCUCGACUACGACCAGAGGCAUCAACUCUCUCAACCACCGCCAAUGGACAACCAAGCGAGCUUGUGGCACUUUAUCAUGGACGACGUCAUGGAUGCCCAUUGUUGCUUUACAUAAGCCCCCGCGUACUGUCUUUGUCAUCACAGAGUUAGAGGACGAUGAAGAGGAAGAUGAUUCGGAUUAGUAGGCGAUGUCGUUGCCGCACAGAGGCCGCAAAGUCAACAUGCCUCAAUGAACACUAUCUACUAAGAGGAUAAUUAGGAAUGCUAAAAAAACGGAUGAGUUUGCUUCACAAAAAAUCCGCACUCUCCUUUAUUUUUCGUCUUACUACAAUCUGCAAAGUAAUCUCAGACCAG